AUGAAUUUGUGGCUUUGCUAUUCAUUGUUUCUUCUCUCGUGGCACCAGAAAAGCUAUAGCGCCACCAGUUUACAAAACGUCACAAAAACCACCUUCAAGAACUACAUGUCUAUAGCGCUGGACUUCCUCAAAAACUAUGAGGAUAAAGCAACGCGCAUUUCAUCGGGUGAAAGCGAAGCUGCUUGGAAUUACGAAACCAAUCUGACUGAGACUAACCGAGAGCUAUCGGUAUUUAACUCAACGUUUGCCAAAGCUUUUUAUCUGAAAGCUAGUGACAACGCUUCGCGCAUCAAGGAAGUGGAUCUUUCCAACGACCAAGCGAGGCAAAUUAGGAUUAUUCGUAGAAACUAUCUUCCUAAAUCGCCAAGGGAUAUAAAGCUCGUAGAUGAUCUUAUAUCAAAUAUGACAAAUAUUUAUAGUAGUGGAAAGGUUUGUAAGCUCAACAAAGCUACAAAUAAAACAAGCUACUUAGAACUAGACCCAGACCUCUACUCGCUGAUGGGGAAAUCACGCGACUACGACGAGCUUCUUUGGGGCUGGAAAAGUUGGCGAGAUGCCGUCGGCCCUCCCAUGAGGCCGCUGUACGAAAAACUUGUGAACCUUCUGAACUCUGGGGCAAGGGCACACGACUGGGGUGAUUACGGGAAUUUUCAACGCAGCGAAUACGAGAUGGGAAAUGAUUUUCAAAAAGCAAUCAUGAAGCUAUGGAAUGAAGUCAAACCACUCUACCAGGAGCUUCAUGCAUAUGUUAGGUACAAGUUACGCGAAAACUACCCUGAAGUGCCCGAAAAUGGGACCAUUCAGGCGCAUCUUUUAGGGAAUAUGUGGGCUCAGGACUGGAGUUUGAUUGAAGACCUCGUAAAGCCCUAUCCUAAGGUCCCAUCUCUUGAUGUAACACCGAACUUACGUAAGCAACAGUAUACUCCUAUAAAGAUGUUCAAGCUUGCACAAUCCUUUUUUGUCUCUAUUGGCCUCGACCCCAUGCCUCAAACAUUCUGGAAUAAAUCAGCCAUUGAGAAACCUAGGGACAGAAAAAUGGUCUGUCAUCCGUCUGCCUGGGAUUUUAACAAAGGAGAUGUUAGGUACGUGAGGGUGAAAUAAUCGUCAUGACUCUCUCCCAGGAGCGCGUGGCUAACUGAACGCCAGUUGGCACGUACUUGCUUGGAAAAUGUCAGAGAUAGGUAAAAGCAAAAAUAAAAUACAAAAGCAAAGCAUAGGUACAGCAGGUAAAUAAGGGAUAGCUGACAAACUGAGCAAUUACCUGUGUAACACCGUUUUAAUUUAUUUCACCUAUUUAUGCGAGUUUCAAGAGGUUCUGCGAAACACGUGUUUCUAGUUAUGCUUCAUGUUCCUUUAAUACAUAUUAGGUCAAUUAUUGACGAUAGCUGACUUUCAUGUAUUGGUAACAGUGAGCAGAGAAGCCAUGCGUCUUGUUUCCAAGAAAAUGACAGUCUCGGAAUAGCAGGAACGCACCCAUCCCCCACCUGGUAGCUGAAGAAAUACAUUAUUAAACAGUCACAUGAGGCAUAAAACCAUUUAUCUCUGUCGAAAGUAAAUUUCUUUUUUUCAAAAACAAAACACAAUGUUAACCCCCCCCCCCUUUAGAUUUUGGAACACUCGAAAACCCUACUUACUUGGUUGCGGGAAAAAUAUGAUCCUUAAGACUAGAAGAAAUGAUCAAACCACCAUACUUAUCACAAACCCUUAAUUUUCAUUUAGACAACCGGAUAAAAACGACUUGACAGACGAAGUAGAGUUUAUUUGGGAACUUUGUUGUAACCUCUGGAAAAUUUCUACCCACGCCCCUAGCUGUUUUUUCCUUUAUGAAACACAUUCAUCCAUGAUCGACGAUUGACAGAAUAUAAUAGUCAGACUUGGCAUUUUAAAACCGAUUAAUUGAUUGAAUGACUGAUUGAUGGAUUGAUUGACUGAUUGAUUGAUUGGCUGUUCUGAUUUGAUCGCUCAUUUUUUUGGUUGUUGUUGGGUUAGUCGGCUGAUAAGUGGUUCAGACGAGUUGUUGGUUAAAUUCUGACAGGCUGAGUUGACUGUAUAACCGGUGAUGAAUUGAACUAAGUGAUCGAUUUGCUAUUGAGUCGUGCAAGAAAUUUGGCAGUUUCGAGGGUAAUUGAUGUCGAACUGAUUGAUUGAUUGUUUCACUAGUUAGACUGCUAAGGCCAUUGACAAGUUCCAAAAACCCCUUACCGGUAGAGAGUAACUGAAGUGCAUAGCUUUCGAGUGCUGCAGAAACUGAAAAAGCACUUACUGAUAAGAACAACACCGGAAAAUAAAGUUUUGCAGGGAAAAUCGGGCACUAAUCGCAUCGUUGAAAAUGAAGAAAUGUUAACACAACGAAGAUUGUUAAGAUAACGUUAAGGGAUCUCCAAGUGGCAAAUGACUUAGUCUGUAUUUUUUAGUCGAAAAUUUAUCUGAAGCUUUCAACGUUUCUAUGGGUCAGAACUUUCGUCACCUAAGAACAUGGUAUAUCUAUAUUUAGUAAAAUCCAACUAGUGGUCUAUUAUCAAUGCUGCGUUCAGAUUGGUUAAGCUACUACCAGGUUAUAUGUUAUAGCCCACUAGUAUCGAAAACCGCUGGCUUUAAAAACCAAAACAAUGGCAACUGAAUCGGGUUUUGCUAGCUAAAGUUGUUUUGUCUCUAUAUUUUGACCAACUAGUUGGAUUUAUAAAACAAUUAUUCCUCUCGCCCAUAUGGCCUCUGAGUCAAUGGUCCAUUCGGUCUUCGGCCUCAUGGGAUCAGUAUUGAUUCAGAGCCCAUUCGGGCUCGAGGAAUGAUUGUUAAUUAACUCACUAUGUCUAAAAGUGUUGUUUUUCGCUUAGGAUCAAGAUGUGCACAGGAGUCGACCAAGAAAACUUGAUAACGAUCCAUCAUGAGAUGGGACAUUGUGAAUACGACCUCGCUUACAAGGAUCAACCGAUUGCCUUCAGAAGUGGUGCCAAUCCAGGUUUCCAUGAGGCUAUAGGCGACACUAUCGCUCUGUCUGUUCUCAACCCUAAACAUCUGAAAUCCGUGGGACUACUGUACACGAUUGGAAACAACACUGGUGAGUCAUUGUUAAGUUUGUUUAGUUUUUACUGUAGCGCAUAGUAUCAGAUGUUUGUUGUUGCAACGGGCCAGCGGCAAAUGCGGAAAGCACGCGCAACGACGCGCAACUGAUAAGCUAAGCGCUGGAAGACAAUUGCAAUUCAGUAAAUCAUAUAAACGCAAAUUAAUAUUAAGAUUUAGCCAAAGCUAGAAGCGAAGCUCCAGUUAAUGCAUCUUAAAAUUAAUUUAGGCAAUGGUCUUUAAACCAUUGCAAAGAAAUCCAUACUAUACUUAACUUUAGGGGAGAACCAUAUGACUGAAAAACAUAAACUCGAGCCUACGAUCAAUUUAAAGCUAAUAACUGGUCAGCGGAAAACUUCAAAAAAUACGAGACUUCGAUGAGUUGGUACCUGAGCCCGCCAUAUCGCCAUGUGACUCUGAUCAGCGGACACCCUGUUUUGACAGCUGUCAAUUGACCAUAAUAUUGAUUUCUAUCAUCAAGUUAAACACAGGUUUAGGGCUCCCACACCAGCUAGAAAGUUUGAUAUUUCAGAUUGGUUUCCCUGUGGCGCGCACGGACGGGCGGACGUACGGUCACGUGAUUACCAAAAUUUCUCGGAUAGAUAGAUUACCAAAUUUUCUUUAGUAUGAGGCUCCGCUCGCGCGCGCUUCGCGAGCGCGUAGAGCUCCGCUAUCAACAGACGUAAAACACUUGUGAGAUACUGUUACUACACUGAAAUAACUUUAAACUAAUAAGUCAUUAGCAAAGAUUCGAGUCUUGUCCCCCUUCAUUUUUGCAGAAGCAGAUAUUAACUUUUUGAUGGACAGAGCACUACAACGAGUAGCCGCGCUUCCCUGGACACUACUCGUUGACCUGUGGAGAUGGAGGGUGUUCUCGGGAAGAAUUACACCGGCAAAUUACAACUCAGAGUGGUGGCGAAUGCGUAUGCUCUACCAAGGUGUUAUGGCUCCAGUCCCUCGGACUGAGAAGGACUUUGACCCUGGAGCUAAAUUUCACGUGGGCGCCAACUCUGCUUACAUCGGGUAAACAUGUACAGGACCCUGUCACUUAAUGGGUUUAAUCAUACGUAGAACCUUCAUUUUUCAUAUGAACGGACGACGUAAAAACAUUAAUUAUUUAAUUAAAAUAAUUAUUGAUAAAUACUAUAAAUACUAUAAAAUAUAAAUACUAAGCUCUAUAAUCUAAACGAAAACUUCUUAAUUACAAUAAUGAAUAAAAACCCUGCUUUAAAUGGAUGCCCGUAAGAUAGUUAGAGAAAUCGUAGCAGCGUAGUUUUGCUUUAAAUGAGUUGAAGGUUCCUGCCUGGCGAAGAUCAAGAGGAAGACUGGUCUUCUGUAUUCAAUUAUUGAUCACCGUUCAUUUAUUUAUUUUUGUUUUUGUCUGCAGCUACUUCGUCUCUCUUAUUCUUCAGUUCCAGUUUCAUCGUUCACUUUGUAAAACAGCAAAGCACAAAGGUCCUUUGCAUGAAUGUUCCAUCUACAAGUCAAAAGAUGCUGGCAAGAAAUUCAGGUAGGUUGCUUCAUCACAAUACCAAAGUUCUCACAUAACGUUCGUCUUAGUACAUUAAGUUUGAGGAGUAAGGACGGAAUGGGUUAGGGCUAAGUAUACUGAGGUUUAAACUGAACUGUUGUCAAGCUAUCUGGAAGAGUAUCGGCCGGGGAAAGUUAGAAAGGAAAAAAAUGGCGAGUGGAGUCCGGAGUAGAAGAGAGUUCUUCAGUGAAAGGCAUUAUCCGACAAUAGAUCUUUUGAUGGGCCAAAAUGAAAUUAAAGUGCAAGUGAAUAACCUCACUCCGGGGGAACGAACGCCCUUAUUACUGUUACUAGCCUCCAUUGUCGGGUUUCCUUUGCCUAGUCACUAGGCCUCGAUAUUCUGCGCGCCUUGUUCGUUUCGCGUCACGUGGUCCGUGCGGUUACAUCUCUGAAAUGCAUUGACCGAGAAGAACUGGUACGGCGUCCUACGCGGACUAUUCAAGGGUUUUCUUACUGAGAGUGCUUUCAAGGCGAAUGAAUAGAUUUCUCCCAUUCUAUAAGAAAGGAAGUAGUAUUACACAGGUGCCUCUUAAUUUUUUUCCGAACAUUUAAAGCAACGCUUACAAACUUGCGUUUUAACUUUGCUCGGUACUCGAGAGGCCGGCUGCGCCGAUCAAAUGGGCUGCACCCAAGCUUCAGGAACAUUUGAAAUCUAAGCGAAAAAGUGCUGUCUUUUUAAUGCGCAAGGAUCAAGUUAUCUUGUCUGCUUAUGUCAUCUAGACACCUCUCUUAAUUUUUACAUCAUAAACCUAUUUCUUAACCAAGAUACUUAACUUUUAUGUAUUUUAUACGUUACAGAGAAAUGUUGGCCGCAGGUCGAAGCCGUCCUUGGCCCCAGACCCUUUACCGUAUGACAGGUGAGCGACAAAUGACAGCAGGCGCCAUUUUGGAAUAUUUUGCACCAUUACAGGACUGGCUGAUUAAGUAUCGCGUCCAAAAGGGAUACACUUUGGGUUGGAAAAGAAAAAAGGUGCUAAGUUCAAAUCAGGUGCAAAAAGGAACUAGGAAAACACUUUUUUCUCCAACGUCUACAUCCCCCGGAGAGAGAAUUCAACCACUCACUAAUACAUCAGGAAACUUGACUGCCGGUGCCAAGAACGAAUCGGGUGUAGUAACAUUUCCGGAAGUAAAGAAGAACGACAGCAUCGACUUGGGAAAACCAGAUCUAAAGGCGGCUUUGGCAGCUAUGGGGCCUGCAUUGAAGGUGACUGGGGAAAGUUCAGAGAAAAACAGAGAAAAUUCGCUUCUUGAUCCCAAAUCCGCCAUACUUGGAGCGAAGCCGAUGUUUGUUCCUAACAAGAUUAAAGAUCAGUUGGACCUGGGAUAA